GACUAGUCUUCUGUUUAUUGUCAGGCACGAAGGUUUAAAAGUUGACAAAUAAUGUGAAUAUUAAGCGUUUUAUAGGUAAAUGCGACACAAUGAAUAUAGUUUUCGUUUAAUAUAAGCUUGCUUCCUUGUUUACAGGUUUAAUAUUGUCUCUACUGCAUGAAUGCAGUACAGUUCCAUCAUUUUAAUUUAGUCACCAUUCGUCUUCCAUAUUCUAUGACAAACAAACACUUGACACAUCUGACAAGUAAUCAAUGUUAUUUCGCCCUGGAAAUAUACAAAGAUAAAUUGUUACACGAUGGCGGAGGCGGAGGCAGAAUUCGAAGUCGUAGCCAGUGCCAAUAUUCCACAAGUAUCCCUGGCACCGGAUCAGCUAUCUCGCAAGUUCCUCGUGUGUCACGUGUGCAACGAACAGUACACGGAGGACGGGAAACACCCACGCCUGCUACCCUGCCUGCACACUCUCUGCUUUGAAUGUCUGAACAAGACCAAAGUCAAUGAGGAGCUUGAAUGCCCGACCUGCAAGACCAAGCAUGCUGUGACCAACGUGGACAAAGUCUGUCCGCGGGACAACACUCGCCGUGACCUCGUGGAUUACGUAAAGGUCAAACGAGCACCAUCUGCUGUCUGCUGCAGUGUUUGUCCUUCCAAUAUUGCAACGCACAGAUGUCGCCAGUGCGCCGAGUUUCUCUGUGUAGAAUGUCAGGCAGCGCACGAGCGUGUCAGCGCAACCAGAGGUCAUGACCUACUUCUCUUGGAGAAGCUUAGGCAGUCCCAAGACCUUGACGCCUUCUGCAGACAGCUGAUGUGCAGCGAACACCCCGAUAAAGACCUCCAGCUCUACUGCACGAAGGACGCAUGCCAGAAGCCCAUCUGCAUGAUGUGCGCCAUUGUCACAUGCAAAGAGACAAAUGGACAUAUGAUCGAGAGCGCAGAAACCGUGGCAAAAGCGAAGCGACAGAAUAUUAAGGCCCAGAAGACUAGAAUGGAAAAUGUCGGCAAGGAGAUACAGCAAGUCACCAGUGACGUCAGAAAUGAGCAGAAAAGGGUCGACGAACUCCGCACGAAGGUGGAGGGUGAUAUUGAUGCGACAUUUAAUCACCUUGUGCAAAUCAUCGAGAGAGGACGUUCAGAUCUCAAGAAAACCUUGGAGGAGGGAAUAGCGACCAAACAAGACCAUCUGAAAUCCCAAGAGAGGGACCUAAAGAAGAUGAAGAGUGAGAUAGAAGAAUCCGGCAAUUUCACAGACCAGGCCCUUGCCUACACCAAUGCCCCAGCCUUCUUACAGAUUGACCAUACCAUUGAUAACAGGCUGAAGAUGUUGGCAGAUAAAUUCUUUGACAAGGAGCCACACGAAAUGGCUACAUUUGGUUUCCAAGCUAGAGGUUUGAUUUCCGAAAUCCAAAGUAAGGUUGUUGAGAUGGCCAAAGUCUGGUCUGUUUCGGCAUUCCCGUCAAACUGCAAAGCUGGUCUUGAGGAAGAGUUGGAAGCGAACAAACCAACAACUUUUAUUGUAACUUUAAGAGAUUUCAAAAAGAAUUCACCUUUCAAGGGAUGCGAAUAUGAUGUGUGCGAUGUGAAAGCCAUUGUCAAAGAUCCACAAGGUGCUGAGACAGAGAGUAUAGUGAAGAUGAAAAAUGGAAGCAAGACAGACCUGGAGGUCACUGUCAAACCAUCUGGGACAGGAAGACACACACUGGAAAUCAAAGUCCUGGACAGAGUGGUGGUCAGCAAAGAGUUCGAGUGCAAACCAGCUGUGGUCAGAGGUGCAAGCAACAAAGAGCCAUCGCCGCGCAAAGAACCAACUCCGAAGAAAGAUCCCCCCAAACCCAUGGGAAUACAGAAACCAGAUAUGACAUUUGACAAAGGCAAGGCUCACAGAGACGUAACGAUUUCUCCUGAUGGAAAGGUCUUCAAGAACAUUUCGUCUGGUGAGUCGUCGGAAGUAGUUCCAAAUAACAGUCGUCUGCAGAAAUACAAGGGUGCCAUAAGUAUGAAAGGUCUACAAUAUCCCGGAAGAUAUUACUACGCUGUCAAAAUGGAAAUCAAGGUCAAGAAGCCCCUAGAUAAAAGCAACCUUGUUUUUGAAUUGGGAAUUGCAAGAAAAUCCGUUAUCGGAAAGAGUUUGGUUGUUGAAGGGGAAAAAUUUGCAUGGUCAAUGAUUGGCGCACAUCACGUGGAUUGUGAGGCAAUCUGUCUACACAUUGCCCAUAACAACCACCUGCUAUAUCACGAGGUGCUGACAAGCAACGUCACCGGAAGUACAAUGGAAAGAAUCUUUGGAUUCCUAUUGGAUACCGAGUUUGGUCAAUGGAAGGUAUUCGACAAGAAAGCUGAGAAAGAGAUUUGCGUCGUGGAGGCGGUUGAUUGCUCCGAGUUGCUCUUCCCGGUGGUUGCUGGGUAUAAUCCUAGCAGUGUUGAAGUCACCGCAGCUUUCGUGAAUAUGGAUUAAAGAAAAUGCAAGGACAAAAAUUUAAAGUUUCCUUGUCUAACUUCUGAUGCCGUACUUUAGCGUGGUGUGAGUGUAUUACGAAAUUAUCUAACCAAGUACAUUUAUGUAAUAACAUGAAAAAAGAAACAAAUUUUAUUGUAAAUAGUGCAGUUGUUUGCUUGACAUAUCUCUGUUUAAUAUUUUGUGGAGUGUAGAAAAUUCCGAGCGCAAAAAGUUGAAUAACAUAUCUGUAUUUUUAUAUGUAUUUUUAUUGCUAACACUUGGUGUCGGAAUAUUGAGUCAUGAAUUACGAAUUAUUCAGUUGACUACAGUUUGUAUAAACAAAUGUACCAGUUUUACUGUAUAUGUUGAUACUCUUUGUUGUGAUUUAUAUCUAUAUUUAGUAAUGAUAAUGUUCUCUUUUAUUUUUUGUCUUUAUAAACGUAAUUAGUGGGAAUAUCUUUGUUGACCUUUAUUACAUGGGUUUCCUUGACCUUCGUUUAUUGGUAAUAUAUCUUAAUCGUUAGGGUUUUUAUGAUUUAUUUCUUCCGAUUUUCUUCAAUUUUUAUAACUCUAACAUGUCAUAGUUUUAUGUCUGAAGUGAUACUACAAGCGUGUAAUUUUGGAAUAACCCACUGUGUGCAUUAUAUGGUGACCUAGAAUAACUUGCAAGGGUUCGAACUAAGUUUCCGUUGAUCAAGAAUGUUUGCACAUCUUUCUGAUUUUAGAUAUUUAUGGGGAAAUGCUGGUGAUUUUAAUAUAACAAAUGACAUUUCUAGAAUGAUGUUGAACUUCAUGGACAAUUAUAGGCACAUCUUCAUAGCAUUUGCUUUUCUGUUAAUAUAGAACGACUUCGUAAUUCAUGUGGAAAGUUUUACUAUUUUAUUAUGUAUUUUUCAAUUAUCAAUCUAAUACUGAGGGAAUGAUUGGAUGCACAUAAACGUUUAAUUCUCAGAAGUUCAUUUAGAUAAAGAUGAUGUAUUUCAUUAUGUAAAGAGAUAAUAAAAAGUAUUGCAAUGAAAUAUGAAA